AUUAUAUUUAGGAUGACAGUCUAAUUUGAACCACGUCAGUGAUCAGAAGCCCUGCAUUCAAUAUUAGCAAAUAUUAGGCAAACACUUCAGACAUAAUUCAUUUAGCCUAGAGCAACAGAUUGGACACAUUCAAAUUGGACAAUCAUACGAAAGGAGGUAACUUACGACACAUAAAAUAUGAAGCUCUUACUAACUAUUGUAAUCUUGCAGUCAACAUUUCUGUCCGCAUCAGCGUUUGACCUAACUAUACUUCAUACAAAUGAUGUGCAUGCGCGUUUCGAACAAAUGGACAAAUAUGGAGGGGAUUGCAGCGCAGAGGAAGAUGCUGGUAACGAGUGUUUCGGUGGAGUAGCACGACGGGUAACUAAAGUGAACGAGAUCCGGAGCCAGAGAGAUAAUGUUCUGCUGUUGGAUGCUGGGGACCAGUUUCAGGGAACUAUGUGGUUUUACUAUUACAAAGGGACAGCUACUUCACAUUUUAUGAAUCUCGUUGGAUACGACGUAAUGGCCCUUGGUAACCACGAGUUCGACAACAAUCCUGACGGUUUAGCACCAUUUUUAAAGGAAGUUAACUUCGCUGUACUGAGUUCAAACAUGGAUGCAAGUGCUGAACCAGUGUUGACUGGGUUGACAAAUAAAUCUACGAUUUUAAAGGUUGGUGGAGAAAACAUUGGCAUCAUAGGAUAUACAUUCUCAGGAACUCAUCUUAUUUCCAGCGCACGGGAAGUGAGAUUCGGCGACGAAGUGGAGGCAAUUCAAAAAGAAGUAGAUAUAUUGCAGGCUAUGCAGGUGAAUAAAAUCAUCGCUGUAGGCCACUCAGGAAUAAGUAUUGAUCAAAAGAUUGCUAGGGAAGUCGAUGGUGUAGAUGUCGUCGUUGGAGGGCAUACUGAUACGUUUCUAUAUUCAGGUACGCCUCCAUCAACAGAGGAACCAUACGGCCCUUAUCCCAUAGUCAUACACCCUGAUGCUAAUCCUGAACGCAACGUUCUGGUUGUACAAGAUUACACUUUUGGAAAAUACCUUGGAGAUCUUCAGGUCACAUUUGACGAAAACGGUGAUGUUACGGCAUGGCAAGGAAAUCCAAUUUUUCUAAAUAGCUCAGUUGUUCAAGAUCCAAAUGUUCUAAAUGACGUCAAUACAUGGAGUGAGCCUGUCAGAAAUGUCUCCAGACAAUAUGUCGGCCGAACAAAUGUGAAGUUGGAAGGAGAUCGGAUUUACUGUCGGCAAACAGAAUGCAACUUGGGUAAUCUUAUUACUGACGGUUUCGUUCACAUGAAUGUCCGAGAACCAGAUGAGCUGAGGUGGAGUUUGGUCAGCAUGGCGAUUUGGAAUGGCGGGGGAAUUAGGCAGUCCAUUCAAGUCGGUGACAUCACAAUUGGUGAUGUUAAUACUGUGUUACCUUUUGGAAAUACUGUUGAUAUUGUUGAACUGAAGGGACUGCAUAUCAAAGAAGCUUUCGAGUACUGUGUUAAAAAUUAUGGCAAUGGAGAUUUAGGAGGAGAAUUCUUACAAGUUUCAGGUAUUCGAGUGAAGUACGACAUGAGAAAAGAGAGCGGAAGUCGCGUUGUGGAAAUAGAGGUUCGCUGCUCCAAUUGCACUAUUCCUCACUUUGUUCCGUUAGAACCUGAAAUGGUGUACCCAGUAAUUACGAGCAGCUAUAUAGCGGACGGUGGGGAUGGCUUUGAAGUCAUCUCACAAAAUAAAAUUAGUCAAGUAUCUGGGAAUCUAGAAUCUGCAAUGUUAGCAGAAUACAUCACGCUCUAUUCUCCUAUUACAACUGGUCUCGAUAAUCGCAUUAUUUUCAUUACCGAGGAGGAGGACCCAUGUGUUGGGAGCAGCGCAUCUAUACCGGUCUCGGCACCGCUCGUUAUGUCUUUAACACUUCUUUUACUAUCAAUGAUGUUCAAGAACGUAGGCCUAUGAUGGAUUUAUGUUUAACAGGACAAAAGGUGCCUAAUGUUAUUGACGAUGAAGUAGAAUAGAUGAUGUAGGCCGACUUAGGGUAUUAAAGCAAAUACUAUGUGAUUAUUGAGAUAAUUGAAAAGGCCUCAUAAUACCAUGGUUCCUAUGCUGUGAAGUAAUAGGAACCUUCGCAAUAUUCCAUGCAUUCCAUGUCCGUGUGUACGGACGUCAGUAAUGCUGACGUCAUCCAAUUCUUCGAAAUUUUGUAAAACAAGCAAAGUUGAAUUUCAAAACACCUGUUGUUUAGGAAUUUUUGCAUACAUGUACAGUAGUAUUAUUAUGCCCUAUUGCUAUUUUUGGAUAAAUAUUAAUGCAAUACACGAGAACUUAUUAACCGAUCCUCAAUCCAAACUCGAAAUACAGUUAAAGCUAGCGUUAUAGUACUGUGGAUUACUUAAUGUUUGAUAGAAACCAGAUAAAUUUUCCUGACCUAUCUCCAAAUGAUAAUUGACUCCUGGAAAUUUACAAAAACUACCACUUUAGAUUAAAAUGUCCCUAACAUUUCUACCUUAAUUAAGAAUUUAAAAAAUAUAUAUUUUGAGCUUUCUUUAAAGAAAAGUCCUGGAUCCAUUUACUUUGUGUCCUUAUUUCUAUUUACUUCAUCAAAACUGUAGUGUAAUAUUUUACUAUAAAAAGGCUGCACUGGAACAUCGACCCUCACAUACGUCUUGUUAAAUAUUAGUAGUAGGCCUAUUAGACAUUUACGGUAAGUUUUGUAUAUAAUUUUCUAUUACAGUAUACAAAUAUAAUAUACAAUUAAAUACCUGCGUAGAAAAUUUAAACCAGGUGGCACGAAAGGUCUCGUUACUGGAACAACGCCCGGGCUUGAGAUAAUUUACCUAGUUCAGACUGGAAGGUGGAUAAACCUGUAUGUUUAAUAAUAAUAAAUCAGUGGUACAUUUACGCUA